AUGUCCUCCUUCUCUAGGCGUUACCCUUUCAAGAACUUAGGCUAUGAUACCAAUUGUGUUGAGUCAGCACUUUGUAAUGUUUUUCCUCAGGCAACAAGGAGAAUUUGUUGCCAACAUCUCUACAGCAACUGCAAGAAUGAAGGCUUCAGUGGGACAGCCUUCCACAAACUAUUUUGGACAGCAGCUGAUGCUUACAACCAAUAUGUGUACACUAAGGCUAUGGAGAAGAUAGCCAAGUACAAUCCCAAAGCUAUUGAGUACUUGGAGAAGUGUACUGAGCAAUGGAGCAGAGCAUUCAUUGACAGUGGUGUUUGUUGUGAUCAAAACACCACAAAUUUUGUGGAAUCUUUCAAUGCCUGCACUAAGCCUUACAGGGACUUACCUGUGAUCACCCUGCUUGAAGACUAUGCAAAGAUGAUAUUAGAAUCAAGGAGUGAUGAGUCAAGGUUCUGCUAUGCCACAUCAUGUGGAGGUGGUGAGUAUGAGGUUAGGGAUGGCAAUGUCACCUUCCCUAUUACACUUACAAACUACAAGUGUGGGUGUGGGAAAUGGCAAGGCUCAGGCAUCCCUUGCAAACAUGCUCUAAGGGUUAUAUUCAAUCAAAGGCUUGAGCCUGCUGACUUUUUAUCCCCAUUUUUCAAGGGGGCAGCAUACAAGCUCACAUAUGGGGAUCAUAUCCACCCUAUGCCUGACCCCACUCAAUGGCCUGACUUCAACCUCCCUCAAAUUGCACCACCUGAUAUCAAGAGACCAGCUGGCAGACCUGUGAAGCAAAUAAGGAGAGGGCCUAAUGAAGCUAAGAAAGGGAAGAGGCACAGCUCAGUUAGGUGCAAAAAAUGCAAGGAAGUAGGCCACAACUCCAGAACCUGUGGGACUGAUAAAGGGAAGGGGAAAGGGUCCAAGAGAAAGGCAGAUGGAGCUUCCACCAGUCAAGCAGCACCUAAGAGAGCCAAGAAGACUUCCAGGGCAGAUGGAGCUUCCACCAGUGAAGCAGCACCUAAGAGAGGCAAGAAGUGA